CAAGAUCAAAAGAAAAUUAGCAAUUUUCACCGAUUUAGAAUGAUCUCCCUUAAUUUUAAUGAAAAUGACUUUAAUGAGAAGGCAAAAGAGUUUAGGGAAAUAUCAGAGAAAUUGAAUGACACUUGGGAAUUAAACGAGAAAAUGGGAAAAAUUUAUUUGGUCAAAAAACAAAAAAUUUCGAUACAAAAUAAGAAGGAACAAGAAGUUGAAUUUGGAGAAAUAGUCAUAGACGAUGCAUCAGCAGUUAACAGCAUUCCUGAAACAAUUUAUUCAAUCGAGUAUCAUGUUGUAUUUCAUCCAAGCUAUCAAGUUCCAGUGCUGUAUUUCAAUGCACACAGCGAUGACGGCAGAUUCGUGAAUUUUGAUGAUGUCUCAAAGAUUUUUGUUGAAGAUUAUGAAUUGAAGCAGUACAAAGACGAGAUUUAUCAAAUUAUAUCACAAGCUGAUCAUCCAAUAUUAUUCAAGCCAUUUUACAUGAUUCAUCCGUGUCACAUUCACGAAGUGCUGUCGAAGUUUCCUGAAAGUAAAAACUUCAUCCUCACGUUCCUGACAAUUUAUGGACCAUCGGUAAGGCUGAAAAUGUUGGAAGGCUAUGAGAAGUUUUAUAUGGAGAAGGAAGUGAUGGCAAACAUUUGAAGAUCUAGAGAAUAUCUAGAGAGAUCAAUGUGAUAGAGAAAAGAGGG